GUCACGGGCGGCCGCGGCUGCAGUUCGCGCGGCGUCCCGGAACGGAGCGAGCCGGCGUUGGCGCUCUAGGUCCGGCGAGGAGCAUGUCGGGGCGAGGCAAGCAGGGCGGCAAGGUGCGCGCCAAGGCCAAGUCGCGCUCGUCGCGCGCGGGCCUGCAGUUCCCGGUGGGGCGCGUGCACCGGCUGCUGCGCAAGGGCAACUACGCGGAGCGCGUGGGCGCCGGCGCCCCGGUGUACCUGGCGGCCGUGCUGGAGUACCUGACGGCCGAGAUCCUGGAGCUGGCGGGCAACGCGGCGCGCGACAACAAGAAGACGCGCAUCAUCCCGCGCCACCUGCAGCUGGCCAUCCGCAACGACGAGGAGCUCAACAAGCUGCUGGGCCGCGUCACCAUCGCGCAGGGCGGCGUCCUGCCCAACAUCCAGGCCGUGCUGCUGCCCAAGAAGACCGAGAGCCAGAAGGUGAAGAGCAAGUGAACCCGACGGGUGCAGAGCCCGCCGCCGUCCGCAGCCAAUAAAAUCGGUGAAAAGCGA